UCAGCGUACACCUGUCCUGUCAACACUUUACACACACACGGUGGACUGGCGAGACAACACUAUUCAAAAGGGGAGACAGGAUGACCAGUCUAGAGGAGGUUCCCUUUAAGAGCCCUCUGGGGCCACUACAGGAGCUGGGGCCCCUGGGAGGAGAGAUAGAGCUGGUUACGGCCCCAGAGUUCACCAUACCAGACCACCUCCAGAUACUACAAGACACUGAGUAUGAGUUCACCUUAGAGAACUGGGUGAUGUCUGCGCUCCAUGGAGGAUGCUACCGACCCUGGGAUGCCCCGCCCCCAUCCUGUCCUCCGUACUGGCUCAUGUUCUCCAGUCCCCAGGAGAGUCGCUCGGCCAGCAGGUGGAACAGUGAUCUGCGGGGCUCUGCCCUCCGACCAAGGAGCCACAGCCUAAGCUCUGUGGACACACGUCACCUUAACCACCACCCUCAACCCCACCCCCACCACCGCUGCCAGCAUAGCCACCGAAAAAUCAAGUUAAUGGUCUCCGACUCGGAAGACGAAGCUGGCUACUCAGAAGACGACGAGGGCUCCUCCACUGAAGAUAACGCCUCAGACUCAAAGACACAACGUGGAGCCUAUCACGGUGGUGAACGGCCUCGGUCGCAAAGCUCUGCACCAAAACACCCAUUUUCCAGAGUCAAAGACCACCAUCUUGGAUCUUCAGGAUCUUCCUCGGCUCAUCACCACUCUAACCAGCCUUCCACUGGUGGUGAACGGCCAUGGUCGCAAAGCUCUGCACCAAAACACCCAUUAUCCAGAGUCAAAGACCACCAUCUUGGAUCUUCAGGCUCUUCGUUGGCUCAUCACCACUCUAACCAGCCUUCCACUGGAGGUCGAGGCUACCAGGGUCGCAACAGGAGGGCCAACUCUUCCUCCGUCCUGGACUGCAGGAGGCAAGGGUCAUUCACCGGGCUCAAACAGGAGCAGGGGUGUACCAUCAGCCCACUUUGCCAUGGUCAGGCCAGCAGUCCCCAGUGCCAUGGUCAGGCCAGCAGUCCCCAGUGCCAUGGUCAGGCUAGCAGUCCCCAGUGCCAUAGCGAUCAGAGGCCCUGCAGGAAGGCUUUCAGAAGCCAGCAGCAGGUGUCAUCGUCCUCUGGCCUGGAAGAGUCUUUUGUGCGGGCCAGUAGCCCUCAGUGCCAUGGUCAGGCCAGCAGUCCCCAGUGCCAUGGCGAGGCUAGCAGUCCCCAGUGCCAUGGCGAUCAGAGGCACUAUAGCAGAAAGAGACAGCGUUCUUUGUGGUCAACGGGAAAAAAAAACUCUGUGACCCCACAACGACCCUCUUCAGCUGGCCCUGAAAUCAAGAACAACAGGCAGACUACUCUGCGUCCGCGUAGCUCACACGGCAUUGGCUGUGACUCAUCUGCAGAGUUGCUGACGGCCCUAAGUCAGGAAGAGAGAGAGCUACUGGAGGCCAUCACUGAGCAGGGCUACCCUCUACACACUGCCAUCCUGGCUUUGCAGAAGACUGGCCACCGCAACCCACAACAGAUCCUGAGUUACCUGGUUGCCAGCGACCGUCUGUGUGCGCUGGGCUACGAAGAGGCUCAGGUGGAGGAGGCCAUGGAGAUGUUCCAGAACUGUGAGAGCAAGGCUGGUGAAUUCCUGCAGCUCCUGGCUCAGUUCAAUGAGAUGGGCUUCCAGCAGAGUGCCAUCAAAGAGGUUCUACUGGUCCACGAGAACCACAGGGAGAGGGCCCUGGAGGAUCUAAUGACACAGCACAACUAAUGGCGGUUCUACUGGUCCACGAGAACCACAGGGAGAGGGCCCUGGGGGAUCUCAUGACUGAUAUACAAGAGGUUCUACUGGUCCACGAGAACC